GCUACUUAACCUAACUUUCUGAUUUUUCUAUUGCCAUAUUAAACUAACCUCUAAGAAAUAAAGAAAAUGUUUUAAACAUUUUUUAAUUUUAGUUUAUUUAUAAAGGAACCGAUAAAAUGUUUAAGCCGUCAACUUUAACUAAAACUAUAGUACAAACUCUUCAAGUCUACACUCCACAAAUCACCACUGUUCGCUUCAGGUAUCACUCGGAAAAAAUUGCAAAAGGACCCCUUGUGCGGAGAUACGGAUAUAAAGAUGGUCUAGAUAGAAAAGGGCUAUUGCCCAGGCCAAAAGAUGCCGAGAGACUACCAAUGCCGAUUUAUAAACCUAAGGACGCAUGGAAUGAAAAGAGGGCUCUUUUCGGACAGAAUGACUACAUAGACAUUUUAGGUAAUGAAAGAAUGCAUCCGUCAAGGAUCUUGUAUAACAUACCGCCAUGGCUUAGGGGAGUUGGUGGUAAUGAGAUGCAAGUGAUGCUUAGGAAAAGAAAGAUGCUGGGCCAAACUGUAUAUCCAUUAGCGAGACCAACAAAAUGGCACCAGCUCGAAAAGAGGAUCACUUAUUUGUAUAAGUUCUUAAAUAUGAAGACGAAAACUGGAUUUUCUAAACAGUAAUUAGUGUGUUUGUAAUGGUUAAUUAGAUAUUAAAUAAAAAGUGAAUUUAUAAGAUA